AUGAUGGCCACGCAGAAUCUAUUCACGGACAUCUCGAUCGUGCUGGUAAUGGCAAUGACGCUGGCAGUGUCGGUGGAGGUCGCCACGUUCGCGAAUGUGGCCACGCACGAGCUAUUCGCGGACGUGGCGGCCUCCUUCAUUCCAAAGAAUCAAUAG